AUGCCCUUUGCAGUGCCAAUGGUUUGGAGAGAACCUAAAGACCAUGUUACAGACUGCUAUUUUUGCCUCACGAAUGUUAAAGGUAUUGGACCGAAGUCUAAACAUACGGUUAGGUACUGUAAUUUACCAUCAGCUUUAAGACCUGUCAAACACAGUGAACAAUUUCCUAUUCCAAAAGCACUAGAAUCUUGGAGUCUCGAUGAAGAACUAGAAUCGACUGGUUCUUUAGGUGAUGUUACAGAAACCGCAAAGGAAAUGACAACCGAUCCUUUAUUUGAUUUACCAGGAUGUUCAACAGCGCCGCAUCUAAUUUCACAGGGUGAACUUAAUGACUUAGUUCAAAAUCUAAGCCUUUUAAAAUCGCAGUCCGAAUUUCUAGCAUCCAGACUAAAAGGACAGAAACAUGAUCCACGUGAUUGGCCUCUAUUCAUUGAUUCCUCUAAACUUAGUCUAAAGGCGGUGUUGGUUCAUAACGGUAACGAAUAUUCAUCUGUGCCCUUAGCUCAUGCAGUUAAUAUGAAGGAAUCAUAUGAGAAUAUGAGAGUUUUUUUAGAGUACAUCCGUUAUCAAGAGUAUGGUUGGGCAAUAUGUGGAGACCUAAAAUUAUCUGGAACUUUAUCUGAAGAUGAAAAGACUGACCCUAAACUACUUACUGCCUAUAAAGAAAUGGGUUGUAACGUGGCCCUUAAAAUUCACUUUCUGGACUCCCAUCUGGAUUUCUUCCCAGAAAAUUUAAGGGCGGUAAGUGAUGAACAUGGGGAACGGUUCUACCAGGACAUUUCUGCUAUGGAGAAACGGUACCAAGGUAGCCUUAUUGCUGAUUUACCAUCCAAGAAGGCGGCCAAACAAAUCCUUUUUGGACCUGACCCUUCUAUUGGACUGACAACAUCGGUAGUGACAGACCUAAUUAAAGAAUAUUCCCUUGUGAAAUUGAAGGAAAGAUGGGAUGAAACAAGAAACUGCUGA